UUCCUUUGCCCCGUCUCACGCAAUCCGUUUCUGAACAUUUUGCUCCUGGUGUUCUCGUACCCUUCCCCAGUGCCUCCAUGCCAGCCGGUGUUACACACAAGCUCUCUCGGCAAUCUUAGCACCCCCCUGCCCACCUUCCAGCAACGGUUCGAACACUCCAAGCUCGGCUGGUCCCGGCCCCUCAAGUCUGACCACUUCGCCAUUCGCGGCAGAUCUCUCGACCGACCACAGAAACUGCACAGAGACUUGCUUCGCCAUUCCGUCGAGACCACUAUUAAUAUUCCGUGUCCUCCCUCUAUGAACUCGCUAGUGAGGGGCUCUCGACUUCCAACCCACAUAGCCAUCGGCAUCGGUACCUGACGCAGUUGCGUACCUGGCACUUGAUUACAACCCAACCUGACCGCGCUAAAUCUGGACCUCCAUCUUUGCCAUCACCUUACCCAGCAGCCCUCUCCCCGCGUCAGACCAAUCGAGUGCGGCCCGUUACGAAGGGCGCGUGCCUACAAUCCCGAGUUGGGGUUAUAACAAGUCAGCAACACACCACACGCACGCCCGUUUUCGGAGAUCCCAUCGUCACCUACGGUAUCACCUACUCGCGCUAUGAUCGAGGUCCUAUACAAUGGCCCCCCCUCUCUUGAGGGGCCGAGGUCUCCAUAUCCACGGGAGGAGCACAAGACGCAACAGACCAAGGCGGGCAAGCGCAUGCCGCGCCGAGCACAAACACAGCACGAAUACUUCCUCCCUCAAUAUCCUGCUUUCUCUCUCUAUACGGCUCCGCAACCAUCCCCAGUUACGGAAGUCCCACCCGGGACUCCAGCCAAACCCUCGCGGGAGCCAAGCCAGCAGCAAGUGACGGAACAGCCGCGCCCACCGGCACGGCGACCGCCCCUCGGCCCUCCCCGGCGGUCCUAUUCGGUAACGGACAAGCAGCCUAUCCCCCGCCGCCAUAAGCCUGCCCACGGACUAGAACUCAUGGACCUGCCCCCCGAACUCCACUUCGUCAUCUUUGAUUUCCUCGACCCCAUCGACAGCACCUGUCUUGGCCUGACCAACAAACACUUCUACGCGAUACACCGCCGGCUCCACGGCACCGUGCCCCUCACCACUCGUCGGGAGGGGCCCAACGAGCUUGAGUGGGCGUGGCAUCUUUCGACCAAUGUAGUACGCAAGAACCCCUGUGUCGCCAGCGGCUGCAAGGACGCCGCUGCGGCGUCACCCGAGGGAGUUGGGGAGAAGGACAAGAGCACGCUCUCGAAUCUGCGGGUCCGCGGGCAGGGAUACUGUCGUAUGUGCGGCGUCACGAGAUGCCAGCUGCACAAGCACAUCCAAGAAUGGAUGGGCGAAGGGCUCGAGUAUUGCUCGGUAAAGCAAAAGUAUGGACCCGUGGCACCUGAGGGGGCCAAGUCAUACUGCUACAUGAGCAAGCCGGGCGAUCCGCGGAGAUGUGGCCGGCAUUAUGUGAGGAAGAACACCGUUCAGUUGCGCUGAGGUUGAGGGAGUGGGAGGAACAGAUUCCGCCUUGAUGGCUUGCAGCAGAUUUCUCCUUCAUCUCUCUCUCCCCCCUUCCCCCCUUUUUUU